UGAUUAUUUGGUUAUAAUUUCUGGCGCUCCCCUCUAUACUCUCCCACGGUUCCAGCAAGCAUGUUGCUCCCACUCACGGUCAGCCUCGUCGUCGCCGCGCAGGCCAUCGCGUUGGACGCGCCGAGGGGACAGAGACUGCAUAAUGCGCAGAGUGUGAAUCUAUGGAAACGUACUCAGGCUCGGUCUAGCGUCGCUUUCGAUUCGGAGAACUUGGAGAAGAGGACGAAGGGAGAAGUAGGGAAGAGGGCGACGUUCCCGCAAUACAACUUCACGCAGCCUUUGGAUCAUUUCUAUGGCUCUACGAACGGGACCUUUCCUCAACGAUACUGGGUAAGCACGCGACACUACACCCCCGGUUCCAACGCAACAGUGCCUGUGAUCGUGCUCGACGGCGGCGAAACGAGCGGAGAAGAUAGGCUGCCCUAUCUCGAUACGGGGAUUGUGGAUAUUUUGGCGGAGGCGACGGGUGGGGUGGGGGUUGUGCUCGAGCAUCGGUAUUAUGGCGACUCAGUCGGCGUCCCAGAUUUCUCGACGGACAAUCUCAGAUGGCUCAACAACGAACAAGCCCUCGAGGACUCUGCCAACUUCAUGCGCAAUGUCAAGUUUGAAGGGAUCGAUGAGGACCUCACCGCGCCUGGAACGCCGUGGAUUUAUUUCGGCGGUUCCUACGCCGGUGCGCGCGCCGCACAUAUGAAAGUCCUCUAUCCCGAUAUCGUCUAUGGGGCUAUUGCGUCGAGCGGCGUGACCCACGCCGCGAUCACAAACUGGGAAUACAUGGACGUCAUCCGGCAGUUCGCGACGGUGGAAUGUUCGGAUAAUUUGGUGCAGACGGUGUCUACUGUCGAUAAGUACCUCGGCUCGAACAACGAAACCGAACGAAGCGCGAUCAAGGCGAUCUUUGGGCUUGAAGAUCUGCCGGACGAUAAAGAUUUUGCGAGUGUUCUCGAGACCCCCCUCGAAUACUGGCAAUCCAAGAACUGGGACCCAGCCGUCGGGAGCACCGUAUUCGACGAUUUCUGCACGUUGUUGAAUAACGAGACUACCACCACCUCCACGAAUGGCAGUGACAGUGUGACGGUGCAAGGGUUGGAGGUGAAUAAUGCGCUGGUGAAUUAUGCGGGGUGGAUUAAGGACAACCUCGUCGCCGGCUGCACCGGCACCAACACGAUCGAACAAUGUUUCGGCACACAGGACGAGAGCCAGUAUAACGGGACGGACUUGUACCAGACGUGGAGGUUGUGGACGUUCCAGUAUUGUACGCAGUGGGGGUAUUUGACGACCGCGCCGCCGAGCGACGAUAUCCCCGCUAUCAUCUCGAGGGUUUUGGAUCUGGAGUAUGAGCAUAAGAUCUGUGAGCAGGCUUUCGCGCCAGGCGAGUUCUUCACCGUCCCGCCCCUGCCGAACGUCACCUCCGUGAACGUCCUAGGCGAUUUCGGAAUCGCGGCGGAUAGGCUUGCGAUUGUCGAUGGGGAGAUCGACCCCUGGAGGCCGGACACGCCGCAUAGCCAGUACGGAGCUCAGAACAGGACGGAUACGGUGUUGAGGCCGUUUAAGCUCAUUCCGAACGCAGUCCACCACUACGACGAGAACGGCCUCGCGAACCAUUCCGCGGAACCGCCUGAGAUACAAGCGAUCCACGAGCAGGAAGUCGAGUUUGUGAAGGCUUGGUUGGAGGACUGGGUGUCGGUGGGGGCGUAGGGGCGUAAGUAGGGCACCAUGGAAUCUUUAGGACAUCGGAACUGUGAGGCGUGGAUUUAUGGAAAGGAACUUAGAUUGUUUUUGAACCAGUUUCUGCCCGCCACAGAAUAUACGCCCGCGUGGUGUUGCGACAUAGUUUUGUUUUGCUCAGAGCUCGCCCGAGCACCAUCGUUGUUUGCAAACGGCAUACUCAGAAGACCGCGAGCGUCCCUCUGAUGGACUUCGACGGACCUGGGGCAAUCUCGAGUGGGCGAGUCUUAUCGCCACCGUCUCUCGUCCACCUUCGCUCAAACAAAGGGAAUUAAGGAUGAAAUCUACCAUUUGGCCAGCCCAUACCUAUACAUACGCAUUCUUCUACUUACGCUAGUGACUUGUCCGAUCUAUUGUACAUUGAAACUUCAUUCACGACAACCAAGCAACACUCUGGCUCCAAAUCCAGCGAAGGGAUUUAAUUAUGCCUCCAGGACUCGAUAUACCUUGAUCAAUCCACUCUUCAUAUCCUCCAGCUUAUAGCUCACCGACUCCACCGUCGACUGCCCAACAUGCUGGUUCGCCAACAACGCCCUAACCUUCAUCUUCUUCCCCUCAAACUCGCUCACAACACCCGCACACGCCUCCGCCCCCGCACCCCCCACCGUGACAUUAUACGCAUGCAAACCCUUAUGUCCCUUCAACUUUGCCUCCUCCAGCACGAUGAUAUCCCCCGGCAUGAUCUCGCUCGCGCGCACCUGUACCGCCGUACCGCUCUGUGAGUAUAUGAGAUACCCGUAUUCGUUCCACUCGCCAGACUGUGUGGCGGGAGAGACACGCGCAUUGGGGACCUGCGCGAGUACGGCGGAUACGAAGCCCGCGUAGGAUCCGUUCCCGAUCAGCGUCUUCUUCGACUUUUCGUGCAGUGUAGCCGCGACUUC